UAUGUUUCGAGUAAGCCGAGCGAUUGUCAAGGUUAUCGGGUAUCAGCGCGCCGGAAUCGUUGAAUCUAGAGUGCAGAACCGGUAAAAUGAGCAUUGUCAAGCUACUUACUCGUGCAACUGCGUCGUCAACAACACGUUUCCUAACACGGAGCAUAAAAACCACUGCAAUCAUGCCUGCAAAGGAAGGUGAUAAAAUACCCAGUGUGGACUUGUUUGAGAUGACCCCAACAAAUAAAGUCAACCUCAAUGACAUUUCCAGCAACAAGAAGAUUAUAGUUUUUGGUCUUCCUGGAGCUUUCACUCCUGGAUGCUCAAAGACGCAUUUGCCUGGAUUUAUUGAAAAGGCAGAAGAAUUAAAGAAGCAGGGUAUUAGUGAGAUCUUUUGCAUCUCUGUGAAUGAUCCCUUUGUUAUGGACGCCUGGGGCAAGUCCAUGAAUGUUGCCGGAAAGGUGCGCAUGUUGGCCGAUCCUUGCGCGGAAUUUGCCAAGGCUAUGGACAUUGCACAGGAUAUUCCUGCGCUUGGUGGUACCAGGUGCAAGCGUUUCUCAAUGAUCGUCGAUCAUGGCGUUAUUCAUAAUAUUCAGGUGGAACCGGAUGGUACUGGCUUGAGCUGCUCUCUGGCGCAGAACCUCAAAUUGAAAUAGACACGCCAACUCAUUUUGUUUCAAAUGACAUGUAAAUUCUCUUGUCAAGCAAUAAUUUUAUCAUUUUAUGGGAAUAUGCAAUAGAUAUUUGUGUUUGAA